AUGGCCCCCGAGUCCCGAGUCCUUCCGACGGUGCACAACGAUUCUGACGGCGCCUCGUCGCUCACUGCGUCCGCUCUCAAGACUGUCCGUACGGCCGUUGCUGUCCCAGAAUCUGAGCUCAAAAGAUGGCGACGCACCUUCGAUGCCAAUGCGACGGUCAUUAACGGAGAGAAAUUCCUUGAGCCCGAGGGUUUCGUGAACGCCAUCGCCCCUCUUGAAGAUCUGACAAAAAUCGGUCGUCAUCAGUUCGCGAUUCUCUUUCGCGUAGCAGAUACGUCACGAAGGAACCUAGUUUCAUGGGAGGACUUUGUGGUGUUCGAGACUUUGUUGAAGCGGCCAGAUGCGGACUAUUGGAUGGCAUUCCAAUACUUCGAUGUAGACCAUUCGGGCUUUAUCGAUUAUGAGGAGUUCCGAACUGUCUUGGCCGCCAACAUUGGUCCAGAAUCUAUCCCUUUCGAUUUUGAUUGCGAUUGGGUCCAGCUUUAUCUUGGAAAGAAGAACGGCACACACGUUUUGGGCUACAAUGAAUUCACCCAAUUGAUGAAGGGUUUGCAGGGCGAACGCCUUCGUCAAGCAUUCAAAUACCUGGAUGAUGAUCAAGAUGGCUUCAUCCUCCCCGACCAAUUUAAGAGGAUUAUCCUAGAAAUUGCUGGUCACAAACUAUCGGACUCUGUCAUAGAACGGUUACCCACCUUGUGCACGCUCAGCCCCGGACAACGUAUAUCCUAUUCGGAAGUUAACGCUUUCUAUAAUGUUAUUCGAGAAAUGGAUAUGGUGGAGAGGAUCAUCCGUGAAGCGACCGCCAAAAGCAAGGACGGGCGUAUCGACCAAACUGACUUCCUCAACUACGCUUCUUCUAACUCCAGAUACUCACUCUUCACUCCUAUGGAGGCCUCCAUCAUCUUCCAUUUCGCUGGACGCGGCCUGCCCAACCAGCGCCUUGCUCUGGUCGACUUUGCACACCUUUUAGACCCUAGAUGGAAAGCACCUCAUGAAUUCAAGGAACCCACUAUACCCACCACUACCCUUCCGGCUUCCUCCUACCUUCAUAGAGUUCUGCAUUCUGGCUACAAUUUUGUUCUCGGAGGUAUCGCCGGUGCAUUCGGUGCUACCAUUGUCUAUCCUAUUGAUAUGGUCAAGGUAUGGAAUUCUGCCAGUCCGACAAUGCAAAAUCAGCGGUCGACGGUCGUUGGUCAGAUGCUUUACAAGAACAGCAUCGAUUGUGCAAAGAAGAUCCUUCGCAAUGAAGGAUUUUUCGGCUUCUAUCGCGGUCUCGGCCCCCAGUUGGUUGGCGUUGCACCGGAAAAAGCCAUCAAACUAACUGUCAAUGACUUGGUUCGAGGAAGGGCCACCGACCCCGAUACCGGUCGAAUCACCCUCCCUUGGGAGCUUUUUGCAGGUGGUGCAGCUGGUGGAUGUCAAGUGGUUUUCACCAAUCCUUUAGAAAUUGUCAAAAUCCGAUUGCAAGUGCAAGGAGAGACCGCCAAGCUCGAGGGUGCAACUCCUCGAGGUGCCGUUCAUAUCAUUCGUCAAUUGGGUGUCGUCGGUCUCUAUCGUGGCGCAUCCGCCUGCUUGUUGCGCGAUAUUCCGUUCUCUGCGAUCUAUUUCCCUGCCUAUUCGCAUCUGAAAUCGGAUCUCUUCCAAGAGGGGUACAAUGGGAAGCAGCUUUCAUUCUUUGAAACCUUGGCCUCCGCCGCAAUUGCGGGUAUGCCUGCGGCGUAUUUGACCACCCCUGCAGAUGUGGUAAAGACCCGUUUGCAGGUCGAGGCUCGACAAGGCCAGACCAGAUAUAAUGGUUUGGUCGAUGCGUUCGUCAAGAUCUACAGGGAAGAAGGAUUCAAGGCGCUGUUCAAAGGAGGACCAGCGCGUAUCAUUCGAAGCAGUCCACAGUUCGGUUUCACUCUUUUGGGCUAUGAAACUUUAAAGAAAUUUGUCCCGUACCCUUGGGAAGAGAAGCCUCGGCAGAUGGAGACUGCCCUCACGUCACGCCCUGAUGACCUCUCGAAGGUUCGAGCAAGGAACGCUCUUAGGAUCUUGCUCGACGUUCAUGGGGACUUUGGAAAGCGGGCGACUUCGUUCAAGCAGCCUCUGUCGCUGACGAACCCGAAACUCUCUUGA